CACCAUACACGGUCUCAAAGAGAAUUGUAUGUGGAGAAAUACCAGCAGUGCUGUGUAUUUGGCUACUUGACUCUGAGAACCUACGCAAAUGAGCAGGCGACAAGAGAGGAAAUGAUUGAACGGCUGGCUGAAGUGGACAGAAUGUUGAUGAGGUUGAGAAUGGUAUCUGAGCGAGAAGCUGUUGCUCAUGAAGCUGGACCUUCAGCACCGCAACCACAGCCACAGGAUAUUGCUGAAGGCGAUGAUAUGGACCUACAAGAAGAGGAGGACAGGAAUUGGGAGGAAUUCAAUGCUAGUGAUGAAAUAGACGACGGCGAACACGACACACAAGACUAUGAGCCAGUUCAAUCCGCAGAUGCUGGAGUUCGCUUGCCAUCAGGGACAAGGCGAAAGCGUGAUAGCGAACAAGCAAUGUUGAGCGAAGACGACGAGUCCACGGAAGUCAUCAGAGGGCAAAGCGGCGAAGGUCGCAGUGCUGAAGUCCCACCACCCGAAAACAGAACCGGAGGAGAACACGUUGCACCUGCUGAAUCUCCAACCUCCUCUGGACUACCGACACAACGCGAAGGAGUGGCACAGAUUAGCACUGAAACUGCUGAAGCUGAAUCAGGA